AUGUACAUAGAUUAUAUUAAAAAAAAAAAAAAAAAAAAAAAGAAAAAAAAAGAAAAGAAAAAAAUGCAUUAACUUUAAGACGUAUUUUGUACCCGCGUUACGAGUUUCAUGUUAUUUCCAGUAGAUGUCGGGAUAACGCAACCUCAUCGAUCCCGUUAGUUUAAGACUCGCGAGCGGCAAGAUGGCCGCGUCUAGUCCGUAUCCUAUGUACGUCGGUUCGUAUUUUCCAAUAGAAUUAGUAGCGUCUAACGCGUAACACGUUACGGAACGUUUCUCCGCAACGAGUUUCGUCCAAACGAAUAAUCUUGCUAUUGUCGUUUUAAUGAAGAAUUAAUCGGCUCAACAGGGAAAUAUAAGAAAUUUCUAACAGCUCAAGCCGAAAAAUAUAAAGGAAAAUUAUGGAAAAUUGAGAAAAACUCUUUCGAAUGUUAAACCGGUCUACGGAAUUUUCUUCUCAUAUUUUGAAGAGACGAGAAGUAAGCAUAUCGAGAAGUAACGCGGAAGGAUAGAUUAAAGGAGGUUAAUUUAGUAAGAGGUAAAUGUGUUAGUGUCAGUGAUAGGUAAGAGAAGCACGUGGUCUCACUCCAGUGCUCUUCGUGUGACAAAGACGUAUCGAGUGAAAACUUAAUAAUACGACGAAAGAAAGAAAGAAAGAGUUAAAGAGGGAGAGAGAGAGAGAGAGAAAGAAAGAAAGGAGAAGGGGAAGGAAGGAAGAAGGUAAAAGAAAUCCAUAGUGCCAUUAAUCCGCAUCAGCGAGAAAUAAGAGAGAAUACCUGAAGUUAAUCGAUCGGAAGGAGAUGGAAAGCUUCUGGAUCACCAGUGCGAUCAACGCGAUCAAAGCUUUAUCGUACGUGUACGACCUGCUGACCUUUCCGGUCUAUCUUAUCCUUCAACGGCCAUGGGAAAAAAGGAAGGCCUCAAGAAGGAUCAAAGCACGUCCUAUCAGCAAGGGCGAAAAUUCGAUCACUUACAGAAGUGUUGAUUCACCUGGUCCAAUGCAUGUCAAGCUCGAACGAGAAAAAGUUUGUACGCUUGAGGCUGUCUUGCUUUGGGUUAGCAAGAUACAUGGUGAAAAAAAGUGUCUUGGUACCAGACAAAUCCUUGCUGAGGAGGAUGAGGUUCAACCUAACGGAAGAAUCUUUAAAAAGUAUAAAAUGGGAGAUUACAAAUGGAAAUCGUUCGUGGAUGUUGAAAGAUUGGCCGCUUCCUUUAGUCGUGGAUUGGUCGAGAAUGGUCUUACUCUACGUAAGAACAUAGUAAUUUUUGCGGAGACCAGGGCGGAAUGGAUGAUCGCGGCCCACGCUUGUUUCAAACAAAAUCUAACGGUGGUAACGAUUUACGCUACGCUUGGAGAUGAGGCUAUAACACAUGGUAUCAAUCAGACAGAAGUUGACACAGUUAUUACUAGCCAUGAUUUGUUACCGAAAUUUAAACGACUUUUACAUGUGUUACCUGAAGUUAAGAAUAUUAUUUAUAUGGAGGAUCAACUUAAGCCAACUGAGACAAAUGGUUAUAAGGAAGGAGUACGGCUGAUGCCAUUCUCAGAUAUUAUCAAAGUAGGAAACACGUCUAAAGCAGUGACAAUUUCACCAAAGGCAGAGGACACUGCUAUUAUAAUGUAUACAUCGGGUUCAACUGGUGUACCAAAAGGUGUCUUACUUAGUCACAAAAACAUUGUGGCAACCUUAAAAGCAUUCUGCGAUGCUGUUGAAAUUAAAUCAGAUGAUGUUUUUCUCGGAUUCCUACCGCUCGCUCAUGUUUUCGAACUUCUUGCUGAAAGUGUAUGCUUACUUACUGGUGUACCUAUUGGCUAUAGUUCACCUCUUACAAUGAUUGAUUCGAGUAGCAAGAUUCAACGAGGUUCCAAGGGUGAUGCUUCUGUUCUUCAUCCUACUUGUUUGACUGCAGUGCCGCUUAUUCUAGAUAGGAUAUCUAAAGGUAUAAAUGAGAAAGUGAAAAAAUCUGGACCUUUCAAAUUAGCCAUCUUCAAUUUUGCUUAUCAUUAUAAAUUAAAAUGGACAAAACGUGGAUAUGAUACUCCUUUGUUCGACAAAUAUAUCUUUGGUGCAGCCAAGCAGAUUCUUGGUGGUCGAUUGAGACUUAUUCUCUCUGGUGGUGCACCUUUGAGUCCUGAAACUCAUACUCAAGUAAAAUUGUGUCUUUGUGUCACCGUUACUCAGGGAUAUGGUCUUACGGAAACUUGUUCUUGUGCUACUGUCAUGGAUACAUAUGAUAGAAGUAUUGGAAGAGCUGGAGCUCCAACAACAGCUUGUGAUAUUCGUCUUGAGAAUUGGGAAGAAGCUGGUUAUCGAGUAACAAAUUUACCAAAUCCAAGGGGUGAGAUCGUUAUUGGAGGUGACAACGUCUCGGUUGGAUAUUAUAAGUUAUCUGAGAAAACAAAAGAGGAUUUCUUCCAAGAAAAUGGUAGACAAUGGUUCAGAACUGGUGAUAUUGGUGAAUUUCAUCCUGAUGGUUCUAUGGAGAUCAUAGAUCGAAAGAAGGAUUUGAUCAAAUUACAAUUAGGCGAAUAUGUUUCAUUGGGUAAAGUCGAAGCAGAGUUAAAGACAUGUCCAGUUGUAGAAAAUAUUUGUGUUUAUGGAGAUGGAAGUAAGGUUUAUACUGUAGCACUUGUAGUACCUAAUCAUCACAUACUUGAAGAGAUUGCUUCCAAUAUUGGCAUUACUGGAAAGACAUUCGAGGAACUUUGCGACGAUCCAUUGGUGGAAAGAGCAGUACUUCAAGAGUUAAUCGAGCAUUCAAAGAAAUGUCAGUUACAAAAGUUUGAAAUACCUGGCGCAGUAAAACUCUGUCCUGAACAAUGGUCACCCGACAUGGGUCUUGUAACAGCUGCGUUUAAACUUAAGAGAAAGGCUGUACAGGAACGUUAUCAACAUGAAAUUAAUAGAAUGUAUGCUUCGUGAUGUCGGGCUAAAAUGUGCACGAGGUGUAAGGAAUAAUUUGUAUAAAAGAAAGAAGAAAAGAAAAAAAAAAAAAAAGAAAGGAAAAAAACAAAUAAACAAAAAUGUCUAAGGAAGGCCACCCUCGUCCGAUGGAACAGUACCUCGAGAAACAUUAGACAUUGUUUUAUCUGGUAAUCAUAAAAUAAUUUUUUUUUUUUUUUUUUUUUUUUUUUUUUUUUUUAACAAAUUAUUAUCAUUAACGAAGAAACGAGUUGUGAAAGUCCUUGUAUAACGAAAGUUAUAAGCUUUGUAGUGUCUUUUGUUAUUGUCUUCCGAUAGUAAACAGGUUCGAUUUAUGUUUUCAUUGUUUUUAUGUGUAUGUGUAUAUAUAUAUAUAUAUAUAUAUAUAUAUAUAUAUAUAUA